AUUUGUGUUUUAAGUAUUGGAACUAACCUUUAACAAACCAGCUAGAAAAAGUUGGAACAUGCCCAGCCCUAAUAGAUUCAGACUAUAAAAGAGUAAACAGUGAUUCUUAUAACCUGUUGGCUGAAAAUAUUUCCACUUGUGCAACAAUCAUGCAGGCACUUCAAUUCAAUGCUAAACUGGCCCUGAAUGAGAAUUUGAAGUUUAUAAAGAUUUCAAAACCUCAGAUAUCCGGAUCUACAGACAUUCUCAUUAGAGUUGCUUUUGCAGGACUCUGUGGGACUGAUCUUCAUAUAUUAGAGGGUAAGUUUAAGAAUUGUAGUAACAAGUUUGUUACUAUCGGUCAUGAAUUCUCUGGGAUGGUUGAAGAUGUUGGGCCAGACAUUACCGGUUUCAAGAAAGGAGAUCAUGUCGGAGUUGAUCCUAACAGACCAUGUUAUAGCUGUAAAUUCUGCAGACGAGGGCAGGUUAACCAUUGCCAAAAUGGAGGAACUCGAGAUGGAGUUGGUGUAUUUCGUGAUGGUGGCAUGGCUGAAUUUUGUCUAGUACCAGGAGAUCAAGUGCAUCUUCUUCCACCUUCACUCUCUUUGGAAUUGGGAGUUCUCUGUGAACCUUUGUCUUGUAUUCUUCAUGGUUGGAGUAGACUGCAGAGCUCUCUAACCAGUUAUCUACCUGGAGCAAGAAUUCUCAUCACUGGUGCAGGCAUAGUUGGAAACCUGUGGGUUUCCAUGUUUCACUACCAUGGAUACAGAAACCUUACUCUUUCCGAACCCAAGGAGGGAAGGAGGAAUAUUGUCAAGGGAUUAGGUACAGGAUGCAGAGUAUUGACUCCUGGAGAGCUUGACUCCCAAGAGGAUGGGGUAGAUGAUGAGCAGGAUGGGUUUGAUAUCAUUGUGGAGUGCUCCGGGUAUCCUCCAGCACUGCAGAAAGGAAUAUCUAUGUCUGCAAGAAAAGCUGUUAUUGUUAUAUUUGGUUGCGCUCCAACCGGGGCAGCAAUGGACCUUUUUCCUGAGGAGGUCUUUAGGCAAGAACUUCUUUAA